AUGGGUCAGGAGCUCCAGGUUCUUCCACCCGGCGCCGGCUACGGGAUAGUCAUUGGCAUCGGGGGCAUCUUUGCCUUGUUUAUGCUCGGUAUCUCGUGGUUACAGAAUCGCUACACUCAAUUUUCCACCCAUCGGGCGGAGGAAUUCAACACAGCAUCACGGUCCGUAAAGCCGGGUCUGAUUUCAGCCGGCAUUGUUUCAUCAUGGACGUGGUCAGCGACACUUUUGACCAGCUCGACCUUCGCCUAUUCCUAUGGCGUGUGUGGACCCAUGUGGUAUGGCGCCAUCGGAACCCUGCAGAUCUUACUUUUUGCUCUCAUCGCCGUCAAAAUCAAAGCCAAUGCGCCCGGUGCGCACACCAUGCCGGAGAUCGUCCUCACUCGACAUGGCAAUGUUGCCCAUCUAACUUACUUGUAUAAUGGACUGGCAACCAAUCUGUUGGUCAGCGCGUGUUUGGUCCUCGGUGGCGCACAGGUCGUCGCAGCCUUAACCGGGAUGAACGUGUAUGCAGCAAUCUUCCUCAUCCCUGCGGUUGUCGCAGCAUAUGUCAUUGUCGGAGGAUUGCGCGCCACCUUCAUCGCUGAUUACACCCACACCAUCAUCCUAUUCAUCGCGAUCUUGGUCUUCGGCUUCUCAGUGUCCGCCACAAGUGAUUUGAUUGGAAGCCCAGGAAGGCUGUACGACCUGCUACAAGAAGCGUCCAAGAACAUGCCCAUCGAUCGCAACACAGAUGGAUCAUACCUCGCAUUCCGCUCCGUCGGCGGUCUCAUAUUCGCCGUAGACAUCUUUGUCUCUGGCUUCAGCACCGUCUGGCUCGACCAGGCCUACUGGCAACGCGCAAUUGCCUCACGACCCGAAUCCUCUGUUAAAGCAUACAUGCUCGGCGGGCUUGCAUGGUACGGAAUCCCGUUCGGCUUUGCCACAGCAAUGGGCCUAGGUUGCGCAGCCCUAACAACCAACCCAUCCUUCCCCACCUACCCCAAUCCCCUCUCUGCCGAACAAAUCGACGCCGGCCUGUCCGCCCCAGCCACCGCAAUCACCCUCCUCGGAAAAGGCGGCGCCGUCCUAAUGCUCAUCCUCCUCUUCAUGGCCGUAACCAGCUCCACCUCCGCCGAACUCAUCGCCGUCUCCUCCCUCCUCACCUUCGACGUGUACAAAACCUACAUCCGUCCCAACACCGACUCUGCCACCCUCGUCCGCGUCAGCCACUGGGGGAUCGUCAUCUACGCCAUCAUCCUGGCCGCUUUCUGUUGCAUCCUCAAUGCCGCAGGAGUCAGUCUCACCUGGCUCUUGACCGUGCUCGGUGUAAUCGUCGGUGGAGCCGCCAUUCCAGUCGGCCUGAUCCUCCUCUGGGACCGCAUGUCCACUGUCGCAGCCAUCGCAGCACCCUGGAUUGGAUUCAGCCUGGGGCUGAUCGUAUGGUUUGUCACGUCAUGGAAACGGUCAGGGGGGAUUAGUGUUGCGACGACGGGCGAUGCCACGAAUGCAGUAGCUGGUAAUCUAGCCUCGUUCGGAGUUGGAACUAUUUCGGCUGUUUGUUUGAGUCUACUCUUCCCUGGCAAGCGUAUCCCAGAUACAGAAAAGACAGGUAGUAUAACAGGCAUCCCCAUCCAGUCCAAAGAACCCACAACAGAGCACCCACCAAACGAGAAACAAACUACAGAUAUCCUCACAACCCCCGCAUCAAACGACGCGCCCCCACAAAAAGCCGAACCUCAAAACGAAAUCAUCCAAUACCUCGAAACAGACGCCAUCGAACCCAUGGACCCGGUUCUCGUCCGAAAGGCAGAACGAAUUGCCUGGACAGCUAAUGGUGUUUUCAUUGGUGUUGCGGUGAUUCUCGUUCCGUUUACCUUGUUCGGGACGCGGUACGUGUAUACGAAAGAGUUCUUUACGGGGUGGGUAGUUGUUUCCCUCAUUUGGGUGUGGAUGAGUGUGAUUAUUUGCGUGGUUUAUCCGGUGGUUGAGAGUGCGGGUGCUUUGAGGUAUAUUUCGAGGGGGGUUUGGGGGGAUAUCUGGGGAGAGAAGAAGGAACAAAGGGGAGUGGAGGAGGGUGUGUGA